UUGAUUUCUUUUGAACUUAGAGGAACUAUGGCUUUCCUAGGAAUGAGCCCUCCUUUGAUCAUGGUCAUCCUCACUGGACUCAUAGACUUGGCGUUCUCAUCCUGCCCAGCUGUGUGCCAGUGUCCCCUGGAGGUAUCCAGAUGCGCCCCGGGAGUCGGAUUGGUCCUUGACAGCUGCGGAUGCUGCAAGGUGUGCGCGAAACAGCUGAACGAAGACUGCAGCAAGAGCCAGCCCUGCGACCACACGAAGGGGCUGGAGUGCAACUUCGGGGCAAAUUUCAAAGCUACCAAGGGCAUCUGCAGAGCAAAGUCUGAAGGAAGACCGUGUGAGUACAACUCCAGGAUCUACCAGAAUGGAGAAAGCUUUCAGCCUAACUGCAAGCACCAGUGCACAUGCAUAGACGGAGCUGUUGGCUGUCUGCCUUUGUGCCCUCAAGAACUCUCCCUGCCCAACCUGGGAUGCCCAAAUCCAAGGCUGGUGAAGGUGCCAGGGCAGUGUUGCGAGGAGUGGGUUUGCGACGAAGCCAGGGACACAGCCGACGACAUCGAAGACUUCUUCAGCAAAGAAUUUGGUCUGGAUGCUAAUGAAGGAGAGCUGACCAGCAAGAACGAAUUCAUCCCCAUUGUGAAAGGAAGACACAAAAUGCUUCCUGCAUUUGGCUCCUAUCCACACUCCCAUUUUGUCGAGACCCAGAAGUGCAUCGUCCAAACAACAUCUUGGUCUCAGUGCUCCAAGACUUGCGGAACUGGCAUCUCUACCAGGGUUACCAAUGACAACAAAGAUUGCAAACUUGUUCGAGAGACCAGAAUCUGUGAGGUCCGGCCAUGCGGAGAGAUAAAUCACUCACAAUUAAAGAAGGGGAAAAAAUGCACAAAGACCAAGAAAGCUAAGGCUCCACUGCGAUACAGAUACGCCGGCUGCACAAGCGUGAAGAAAUACCGACCUAAAUAUUGUGGAUCUUGCGUGGAUAGCAGAUGCUGCACCCCACAGCAGACAAGGACUGUCAAAAUUAGAUUCAGAUGUGAAGACGGAGAAACCUUCAUCAAGAACGUUAUGAUGAUCCAGUCUUGUCGGUGCAACUACAACUGCCCGCACACCAACGAAGCCUACCCUUAUUACAGAUUAUACAACGACAUCCACAAAUUCAGAGAUUAAAAACCCCCCGAAAGGCAAAGCAACACAUGGACACACUUGAGGAAAAAAAAAAUGGGAAUAUACUGUUGUGAAGACAUUGCAAUGCCUUCUUUGGACACUGUGUGGCACUAGAGAACUAGAAUGCAUUACCACCUGGACUUCAUUACAACAGGCUGAAAAUAUUUACAGCUUCAUAAUACUGGAGCAAACAAGUUGCUUCUUUUUUUGGAGCAAUUUAUAUUAAUAUUAUAUUAUUAUUAUUUUUUUUGUUUUGUUAGUAAAUUAUCUUCUUAAGUAUUCUGGUCCCUUUAAGAAAAAAAACCGAGUUGUUUCCGCAUAAUUCUAUUGAAUGACCAAACUGGUAGACUCGGGAAAAGAGAAAGGUUAAGUUACAUUCCUUCCUAAUGGAUUGCGCUUAAUGAAGCGUUAAUCUGUGGCAGCUAUCACAAUCCAACAGUUCUCCAGCAAAACAGAAGUUUAGAUGAAAUGUGUUUUUUAUUUAUCGAAAAUGUAGCUUUUUUUUUUGUGACAAAUGUAAUACUGGAAUAAAUUGUAAAUGAUUUUAAUUUU